AGCUUUGAGAAGGGCUCAAAUAACAUCCGCCUCACUUGGACUGCUCGAAUUAUCGAGGGAUGGCGGAGAACUGUGCGGCCAGAGCGAAUCAGUUGAGAAAGGGAAAGACCAUCGAGCAGAUCUACCAGAAGAAGACUCAGCUGGAGCAUAUCCUCUUGCGACCUGACACCUAUGUGGGCUCCACAGAGCACCAACUACAAGAGAUGUGGGUCUUCGAUGAGGCCAAGAACCAAAUGGUACACCGGAAGAUCGACUACGUUCCUGCCUUGUACAAGAUCUUUGAUGAGAUUCUGGUCAACGCAGCAGACAACGCCAAGAGAGAUGCGAAGAUGGACCUCAUCGAGGUGACCAUCGACCGCCAGGCGAACUGCAUCACGGUCUUAAACAAUGGUCAAGGCAUUCCGGUGCAAAUCCACAAGGAGCACAAGUGUUACGUGCCCGAGCUGAUCUUUGGGCACUUGUUGACCAGUGACAACUACGAUGACAACGAGAAGAAAGUCACCGGCGGUCGUAACGGGUACGGCGCCAAGCUGACGAAUGUGUUCUCCAAGAAGUUUAUCAUCGAGACCGUGGACAAGAACAACAAGAAGAAGUUCACCCAGAUCUUCGAGAAGAACAUGACGCAGAAGCACAGCCCCGUGGUCGCCGACUGCCGGAGCGACAAGGAGUAUACGAAGGUCACCUUCUGGCCCGACUUCUCUCGCUUUGGGAUGACCUCCCUGGACAAUGAUAUUUGCAGCUUGAUGAUGAAACGCGUCUACGACAUCGCAGCGUCCACCUCGAAGACCAUCAAGGUGGUUCUGAAUGGGAAACAGCUUCCAAUCAGGAGCUUUGAGGACUACGUUCGUUUCUUCCUGAAGACGGCCUCGGAGGGAAGUGCGUCACAGUGCAUCUACGAGCGCUGUAGCGAGCGCUGGGAAGUGGCCUUCAGCCUAUCGGAUGGGAACUUUAGCCAGGUGAGCUUUGUGAAUUCCAUCAACACCAUCAAGGGCGGCACGCAUGUGGCUCAUGUGUCGGACCAGGUCGUCGAAGCCAUUCUCAAGGUGGUCAAAGGCAAGAAUCGCGGUGGCAUCGACAUCAAGCCCGCACAUGUGCGGAAUCACUUGUGGGUCUUCAUCAACUGCUUGAUUGAGAAUCCAGCCUUUGAUUCGCAGACCAAAGAGACCUUGACGACCAAGCAGAGUAAGUUUGGGUCUACCUGCGAGUUGUCGGAGAAGAUCAUCAAGCAGGUCAUGAAGAGUGGCAUCGUCGAGACCAUCCUCGAUUGGGUGAAGGCCAAGCAGAAGGUCGACAUGUCCAAACAGCUCCGUGCGAGCAAGACCCAAGGCCGUGUCUCUGGCGUUCCAAAGCUGGAUGAUGCCAACGAUGCAGGCGGCAAGCACUCCCAGGACUGCACCUUGAUUCUCACGGAAGGCGACUCAGCCAAGUCCUUGGCUGUUGCUGGCGUCAGUGUGGUUGGCCGAGACAAGUAUGGCGUGUUCCCGCUCAAGGGUAAGGUGUUGAAUGUACGCGAUGCCAACUUCAAGCAGGUCACGGGAAAUGCCGAGAUUUCCAACCUUUUGCAAAUCAUGGGUUUGGAUUUGAAGCGCCAGUACGACAGCACUCAAGGGCUACGUUAUGGCUCCAUCAUGUUGAUGACAGACCAAGAUCACGAUGGAUCUCACAUCAAGGGGUUGCUGAUUAACCUGAUCCAUUUCUGGUGGCCAUCUCUCGCCAAGAUGCCUGGCUUCCUGAAGGAGUUCAUCACUCCCAUCGUGAAGGUCUGGAAGGAAGGAAAGAAGUCGGAUGACCGGCAGAAUGUGAAGAGCUUCUUCACGCUUCCUGACUACCAGGCUUGGAAGGAGAAGACUGAUGGUGGCCGUGGAUGGAAGAGCAAGUAUUACAAAGGCUUGGGAACGAGCACCGCCAAGGAAGCCAAGGAAUACUUCAGUCAGAUCGAGCGGCAUGAAGUGAAAUUUCAUUGGGCCGGCGACCAGGAUGGGGAGGCCAUUGACUUGGCCUUCAACAAGAAGAGGGCUGACGACCGUAAGGAUUGGAUCAACAGCUAUGAAGAUGGCAUGGUGGUGGACCACACCAGACCCAUCGCCUACACCGACUUCAUCAACAAGGAGCUUGUGCAGUUCGCCAAGUACGAUGUCCAGAGGUCGGUACCUUCAGUGGUAGAUGGCUUCAAGCCGUCACAGAGGAAGGUGCUCUUUUGUGCCUUCAAGAAGCGCCUGCGUCACGAUAUCAAGGUGGCCCAGUUUGUGGGCUAUAUCUCCGAGCACUCCGCUUAUCACCACGGAGAGGUCUCUUUGGAGAACACCAUCGUGAACUUGGCUCAGAACUUCGUAGGCUCCAACAAUACGAACUUCUUGGUCCCUUCGGGGCAGUUUGGUACCCGCUUGCAGGGCGGCAAGGACCACGCGGCCUCGCGUUACAUCUACACCAGGUUGAGCCCGGUGACCCGUGUGCUGUUUCAGCAAGACGAUGACCAUGUCCUGAACUACUUGGAAGAAGAGGGCCUUUCCAUUGAGCCGCAAUGGUAUUGCCCCACCUUGCCCACCGUGCUGGUGAACGGUGCCGAAGGUAUUGGAGUUGGAUGGAGCACCAGCAUUCCCAACUACAAUCCACGCGACAUCAUCAGGAAUAUCCGGAAGAUGCUGCGAGGACUGCCCAUGGAGGAUAUGCAUCCUUGGUACAAGGGCUUCAUGGGUUCCAUCGAGCCCUCAGAGAAGGAGGAUUGCCGGUACGAGGUGACGGGUGUGAUCACCAAAACUUCGGACACCACCGUGGAGAUCACGGAGUUGCCCAUCAAGGCCUGGACUCAGAACUACAAGGAAUUCCUGGAGGAGUGUAUGGCAAAGGAUGGCAAGAAAGGUGAGGAAUCCGAGAGCCUCAUCGAAGAUUUCAAGGAACAUCACAGUGAGAGCUCAGUCCACUUCGAGAUCACCAUGAGCGCGGCGAAGCUGAAGGAAGCCGAGCAGGCGGGUCUGGAAAAGACCUUCAAGCUGAAGUCUUCGCUGUCCACGUCCAACAUGGUCCUGUUCGACGCGGAAGGGAAGAUUGCCAAGUACAACACGGCCCUGGACAUUCUGAAGGAGUUCUGCCGACUCAGGCGGCAGAUGUAUCAGAAGCGGAAGGACUACUUGGUGGCGAAGCUGACGCGCGAGACCGAGAUCUUGAGCAACAAAGCACGCUUCAUCCUGAUGGUGGUGAAAGGAGAGCUGGAAAUUCGGAGGAAGAAGAAGGCGGACUUGCUUUCGGAGCUGAAGAAGCUCAAGUUCACUCCCAUGAGCGAGUUGGACGCGAUCAUGAAAGGCAAGGCCACGGUAGAUGAGGCGGCGGAGGCGGAGUCGAACAAGGACAAAGAGACACCGGACAAGACCGAGUACGACUACCUGCUGAACAUGAACCUCUGGAGUCUCACGUAUGAGAAGGUCGAGGAGAUCAAGAAACAGCUGGAAGUGAAACAAGAGGAGUUGGAGAAGUUGAAGGCCACCACCAUCGAGAUGCUUUGGGACAAGGACUUGGAGGCGGUAUGUGCCGCGCUGGACGAGUUGGAGCGCCAAGAGGACGACGAGCUCAUGGCCGCCGCCGAGGCGACGCAGGGCCGACAGGCCGUCGAGCGCAGCAAGGCGCCGGCCAAGCGGACCAGGAAGGCCGAGGCGGAGAAGGCACCUCCCCCAAGAGCAGUUGCAGGAGCAGCGAUCCCCCCCGAGGUGGUGCACCGGCGGCGGCAGGCGGCGGCGGAGAAGAGCAAGGACACCUUCCUCAAAAAACCGCUGUCCACCGUCGACAAGACGGAGUUUGUACAGAAGCAGGUUUGGGGUGCCAACGGCACUGGUCCUGUGAAGUCCAAGAAGACGGACACUCCACCCGCGCCGGUGGGCAUGACCGCGGAGAAAGCACCCGCGGCACCCAAGCGCAAGGCGGCAGCGGUGCAGAUGCAACCCUUGCAGGACAUCUCAGACCUCUCAGGUGCGAGUCUUCUUUCGCGGCUUCUCAACAAAUCGGGUCCCACUGGUUCUUCCACGUCGAGCUCCUUCGAUGCACGACCUUUGGAGAGCUCAGAUGGCCUGUUCUCAUAUCUGAGCACAGAGCCCAGUACGUCAGACAUGGUGGAUUUGGACCCCGUGAGUGUGGACUUGACAGGCCCUUCGAGCAGAACGGCCGAUGGAGGAGAGGGCGCGCCGCCCAAACGUCGGCGCCGCGCCAAGACCACGGAGCGCCGAGUUUGCAGCGACCGCAUGCGACCGCAUGUGACCGCACGAUCAACGCCUGGGGUUUGCAGCAGUUCCCCAAAAUGUGGAGACCAACGCCCGGCUGCGACGAACUUCUUUCAUCGUACCAUGAGAGACUGAUCAUCGGGAGCAUUGAACGGAAUGGAUCAAUGCUAACAGCUGAGAGACCCAGAGUUGCUCCAGGCAGAUACACGAGUUCUUCCAUAGCUCGGUGCUUGUGGCAGG